UCGGUGAUUUUGAGGUUAUAACAUAACAUUUAACUUGAAAAUAUCCAGAAAACCAUCCCUAAUCCAUCUGGUCCUCAAAUAGCUUCUGAAACGAAAAAACUGAGAAGAAAUGAGGUUUUCCCUAUAUUCAUUAAUAAUUAUUGUAACAUGCUGUAUAUAUAAUACAAAAUCGGAACUCGAAUUAAUGCAAGAUGACGAGUUAAUGCAAUUAAUACGUACUGAAAAGUAUGUAGUUGCUCUCUUUACAAGUAAAUUCUGCGGAGAGGAGUGUGAAAAUUAUGAGAACGAACUGACUGGGCUAAGGGAGGAUUUGGUGGAGAGUUUGAACGCUUGGGUCGUGAAGCUGGUUGAUAGUUCCAUGACUCGACUAUAUACCCCUGAUAAGGAACCAGCCUUAGUAUUCUUUCGCCACGGCAUCCCAUUGCUAUAUUCAGGCCCUUUAAAUGACGAGCUCAUCUUCCACACAUUUACCCAAAACCAGGAACCUGCAGUCAAAGAACUUGAUGAUGACACUUUCGAGCAUCUAACCCAAGCCGCUUCAGGUGCAACCACUGGUGAUUGGUUUGUCCAAUUCUACACUACUGACUGUGUUGACUGUCAACGAUUACAAGCUAGGUGGGAAGCUGUGGGCGCGCAGCUUAAAUCUCGAGGAAUGAAUGUGGCGAGAGUAAAUAGGGCUACAACAGGGGCAAAAACUGCGAGAAGGUUCAACGUAUUUGAGGUUCCUGCAUUUGUAUUGUUUAAAAAAGGCAAAAUGUACAAGUAUCAUAACCAGGAGUUUGGUGUAGCAGCUUUGGUCGCAUUUGCACAAGAUUGGUACAAAAAUAUGAAACCUGAACCAGUGCCAGUACCCAAGUCACCUUUUGAUGAUCUGGUAGCGGCAACAGUAACAUUUAUGAAGGACAACCCUUACUUGUGGCAGGUGGGAUUUGCCAGUCUCCUUCUGGGUGUUGUUCUAUCUGGCUUCCUGAAAUUCUGUAGAAACAAAAAAGAAAAAACUGACAAAGGUAGCCUGAAAGGUCAAAGUCAAAAAUCGAAAAGUGGUGCCAGUAAAAAGAGUGCUAAAAAGGAAUAGUGAAAUAAUUUUGUAUGUUUUUUACCUUAGGUUUUUACUAAGUAUAUAUUUUUUGAACCUUAGUUUUGGAAAUAAAGUUUAUUGUUGGCCCUAUUUAUAA